UUACCCGCGCCUGAAUGUUAGUGUGUUUACACGCACCGGGUCCUCAACACCAACCGCACACGACUACCGCAAUAUUACCGUAUCGCGAUCGGUCAGAACCGAAAGACUAACCGGCCCGCGGUUUCAUCGUCGUUGUACCAUAUACGAUUAUUUCGGUUAUUACCUUUUUUUCCACGUUUUACCUUUCUGUUCGCACACGCACACACAAGCGUGCGCGAUUCGGUUCAUCCGCGGACGGAGUACGCGCGUUUUAGGACUUUCAAACAUGAAUCAGAUCGACGUUCCUCGGCUGUAAACGGAUUAUAUUGGCUCGGUGAAUUUAUUCAAGUAUUACAUCAAAAAUGAACAAAAUAAAUAACCAUUUGAGCUAUAAAAUGGAAGGAGAUCGGUCGACCAGCAACAGCGACGAUUAUUACAAGAACGUGAAAUUGGUAGGCUUCGUGAAGACGGACUCCGAAACCCUAUCGGGAUACAAGAACGACGCUUUUCAAUGGGGAUCGUCGGACAGCUUAUCCAGUUAUCCACCACCGGUUUAUCACAGAGAAAAUCUCGAAAACAACAUAGUUCCUAACAAAGUUUUACACAACGAUACGACCGUGUUACCCUCGCAUCCAGAUUCGGUGAACCGAUGUUGCACGAGAAAAGUGCUGUACAAACGUCUUCCGAUCCUCCAAUGGUUACCUAAGUACACGUUCAAAGACCACGGCGUAUCUGACCUCGUGGCCGGCAUCACGGUCGGCUUGACCGUUAUACCGCAAGCCAUAGCGUUCGCCAACGUAGCCGGAUUACCUCCACAAAUAGGACUGUAUUCGUCGUUUAUGGCAUGCUUUGUGUACACUGUUUUUGGUAGUUGCAAAGAUCCGGCGUUGGGCCCCACGGCAAUAAUGGCCAUCAUGACUCGCGAAAAUAUACACGAUAUGGGACCGGAAUUCGCCAUCCUAUUAUGUUUCAUUACCGGUAUCGUGCAACUCAUCAUGGGAUUCGCACAACUAGGAUUCUUAAUCGAUUUCAUAUCCGGACCCGUCUCGGCCGGUUUCACGUCCGCUGCAGCCAUCGUCAUUGCCACGUCUCAGUUGAAAGAUCUCCUCGGCAUCAACAUCAAAUCCAGUUCGUUCAUAGGGUUUUGGGAUCAGCUAGUCAUACACAUCAAAGAGAUCAGCAUUGGCGAUGGUACGCUCGGCAUCACCUGUAUGGUCGUCUUGUUGCUGUUGCGGAAAAUGAAAGACAUACAAAUCGGUCCCGUGGAGGAUAAAGAAAAAACCACUGGUCAACGGACGCUCUCUUCGAUCAUUUGGCUCAUUUCAACGGCUAGGAACAUUAUAGUAGUUGUGUUUUGCGCUGUGCUGGGAUACAUGUACAAGGAGAACGGAAAUUUGCCGUUUAAACUCUCGAGUCACGUAGAAUCCGGUCUGCCAGACUUCAAGGCACCGCCGUUCGAGAGCAGGGUCGGAAACGAGACAUACAAUUUUGUCGACAUGGCGUCCAAGCUUGGUUCAGGGAUUUUGGUGGUGCCACUCCUGUCUAUAUUAGAAAACAUAUCACUAGCCAAAUUUUUCGCCGACGGGAAGACCGUUGACGCCACGCAGGAGAUGCUCGCCUUGGGCGCUUGCAAUUUGAUUUCGUCUUUUGUCGGAUCCAUGCCCAUAUCGGGGGCUCUUUCGCGAGGUGCCGUGAACAACGCCAGCGGCGUGAAGACACCGUUCGGUGGCGUUUACACAGGAAUAAUCGUCAUCAUAGCUUUGCAGUUCUUCACACCUUAUCUCGUGUACAUACCUAAAGCGGCUCUGGCUGCUGUCAUUAUAGCCGCCGUCGUGUUUAUGGUCGAGCUGCACGUCGUCAAACCGAUGUGGCGAACGAAAAAAAUCGAUUUGAUACCGGCUUUCGCAACGUUCCUCUGUUCCUUGUUGAUCCGGCUUGAGAUCGGCAUCGUCGUCGGAAUAGCCAUCAACGUCAUUAUACUGCUGUACACUUUGGCCCGGCCCAGCGUGCACGUGGAAAAACAACAGAGCGAGUUCGGUUACGAGUAUUUGGUGAUAACGCCGGACCGCAGUCUGGUCUUCCCGUCGGUGGAAUACGUGAGGGCGGUGGUGUCCAAGGCUGGCCUCAAACAGGGCUUGAGUUCGAUACCGGUCGUGAUGGACUGCCGGCAUAUACAAGGAGCCGACUUCACCGCGGCCAAGGGUAUCAAGUCUUUGAUUGACGACUUUGUCCGGAGAAAUCAACCGUUGGUGUUCUACAACGUCAAGCCCAGUGUGAUUUCCAUCUUCCAAGGCGUACGUCCGGCCGAGUUCAACUACUGUGCGACCGAACAACAUUUGCAUGAAAUGUUAAAAGGAUAUUACUUUACCAGAAUGCAAACAUUGACGUUGUAAGAUUUACAUUGAACGUUAUCUCACCAUGAACUGUACAAAUUCAACGAUGUUAUGUAAAUAAUGUUAAUAUUAAAAAUAAACUGUGAAUUAAAUAUAGUAUAAUUAUUA